AUGAGCGACUUGGAAAAGCUAUACCAUGAACAGCAGAGAAAACAAUUGUGUCUUCUUCAUGCCUUGAAUAAUUUUUUCCAACGGGAAGAAUUCAAAAAAGAAGAAUUGGACAGAUUCUGCGAGGAGUAAGUGAAAAAUAUAUAAUUUUUAUCUAACUUAUGGUUAGAUUCGAUGAACGGACAUGGUUCAAUCCUCAUCGUUCGAUUAUUGGACUUGGGAAUUAUGAUGUGAACGUUUUGCUAAAAUGUCUGGAGUCCAGAGGGCUGGAAGGAGUUUGGUUCGAUCGUAGAAAGUAAGGGUUCUUCCGACGAGUUUAUUUCUUCAGGUCUGCGGCAAGCAUCAACUGUGAUAAUGUGAUUGGCUUUGUUUUCAAUAUCCCUUCGGAUUCCUUCUUAUCUUCGAUAAUUAACGGAAGGCAUUGGGUGAGUCAUUCUUUUUAAACUUUUCUCUACGUUUUUAGUUCUCUGUCAAGAAGAUUGGAAAUAUUUUUUACAAUCUGAAUUCGAAACUGCCAGAACCGACUGUGAUCAACGACUUCAUUCUAUUUACAAACGAAAUACUUUCCAAGAGCGAUCAAAACCAAUUAUUCUUGGUUUUAAAUCCAGAAAAGCGAGACCAAGUGUUUAUAUAA